GUCCUUGAUGCAUUGGCUGCAAUUGAUCAUGGAGAUCUCGAGUUUGUACGUGCAUGCCACGAAGCUGGAAUUAAGCCUAUCAUUCAUCCGUUCUGGGAGCCCCUACCCUAUACCAAUAUCUUCCGAGCCAUUACACCAGAUGUGCUCCACCAAUUAUAUCAGGGUCUUAUCAAGCAUCUCCUUGGUUGGCUGGCUGAUGCGUUUGGAGCAGUCGAGAUCGAUGCGAGAUGUCGAAGGCUCCCCCCAAAUCACCAUAUCCGUCUAUUUAUGAAAGGUAUUACUAGCCUUUCACGAAUCAGUGGUACGGAGCAUAGUCAGAUAUGCCAUUUUCUACUUGGCAUCAUCAUCGACAUCCGACUUCCCAACCAUCUUGCACCGGGCCGUCUCAUACGAGCCGUCAGAGGUCUACUUGACUUCCUGUACAUUGCACUGUAUCCUUGCCACAGUUCCGAAACAUUGACUCUCCUUGUGGAAGCUCUGGAUCUUUUUCACAACAACAAGCAGAUCUUCGUUGACCUCGAAAUCCGAAACAAUUUCAAUCUUCCCAAGCUUCAUGCAGGCCGCCACUAUGUGUCGAUGAUUCAGACUUUCGGAACAACUGACAAUUAUAAUACAGAAUAUACCGAGCGCCUUCAUAUUGACUUGGCCAAAGACGCAUAUCGUGCGACAAACCACAAAGAUGAGUUCGUGCAAAUGACUCAGUGGCUCGAACGCAAAGAGAAAAUCGCUCGUCAUGAGAAGUAUGUCAUGUGGCACCUCCGCGGUAAUCCCAUUCAACACCAACGACGUCCACCAAGCCUGUCUUUCAACCGUGUUCAGACAUUAACGAAGCAUCCGAGUGCAAAAGCUGUCCCGAUUCAGAAGUUGGUCACAGAGUAUGGGGCCACAUACUUUCGUGAGGCACUUGCGAGAUAUGUUACACAGCUGCGUAAUCCAGAAGCUACCACUCGUCACCGCCUCGAGGAUCUUGCUGCUACUAUCCACCUUCCAUUCCGCACACUUCCCGUCUAUCACAUAAUUAAGUGGCGAUGUGUUGGUGCACAAGCACAUGGUGAUCAAUUUGUCACAGUGGACAGCGUGCACGUCAAGCCUCGUCGUGUGGCCACCAGUCGAACAGGCACUGACAUCCCAGCACGAUUUGAUAUGGUGCUGAUUAAUGAUGGGACUGGCCGUUCUGCAGGUAUCAAAGGUUACCGUGUGGGUCAGAUACGCGUCAUAUUCUCGAUCCCACGAAAUGCUGUUCCGAUGAUGUUCCCUACCACAAUCCAGCCCGCCAAACAUCUCGCCUAUGUUGAGUGGUUCGCUCAAUUUCCUCUUACACCCGAUUUGAACCAUGGAAUGUUCAAAAUCAGCCGCUUCGUGCAAUCGGGUGAGAGAGUUGCGGGUGUCAUACCUGUUACAAACAUCCACCGAAGUGUUCAUCUCAUUCCAAAGUUUGGACCUGUCGCACCUUGUCAAUGGACCAGUAGCGAAGUCCUCGAACAAUGUGACACUUUUUUUGUCAAUUCUUACAUUGAUAGGCAUACUUUUGUGACGGUUAGAUAG